AUGACUUAUCAAAUGACUAAACCGAAAAAGUUGCGCAAUGGCAGUGGUCCCGUCCGGGCCAAAGGCCAACUCAACUUUUAUUGUCUAAGUGGUAGGGUAUUAGGCGGUGACAAACUCACGUGUCCAAGGACGUCUCCCGUGCUAGGAGAUGCUGCUCCCAGUACUCGACAACUUGUUGUGCCCAGCCCGUUUCCUGUCUCGACACUUGUCAAGCUCAGUGUAUUCCGCAAUGCAAGACCGAAGUGUGCAUCACAGGUGCAAGUUUGCAUAGCCGCCUGUAUUCAGCCAUGUGAAGUUCGCUGCCUACAGGCACAGCCGCCUGCUGUCUGCGUUCCUCUUUGUCAACAGACGUGCACUACCACUUGCCAGCAGACCCAGACAAAUGUGAUUCCUUGCAACCGUCCAGUGGAGGUCGGAAUGCAAUCUGGCCAAUCAGGGUUAUCGCCAUGUGUGGAAUGUGCAUGUCGAGCAUUGAACUCUGAGACGUGA